CAAAUUAAUUAUUGUAAACUUUUUUGACCUAUUCCAAACCACAAAUUAUGUUUUUAAAGCGAUAUCUGUUCAAUUUGCCGCCAUCUCGAAAGAGUAUGCCGACCGCAUAUUUGUUUGAUUGCCGUCGGACAUUUUUUAGCAGAAAGCCCAAAAAGUCAGAUAAGAAAGCAGAAUGCGAGAGAAAAGCUAAAGAAAAAAAAGAUGAGUUAUUCAGGACGUUUCUGAAGUGCUUCUAUAAGAAUCUUGAGCGCCAAGAUGUACAAGCCGGAAAUAAGGUUUCCAUAAUAGGAACUGGCAUGGCUGGCAUAGCUUGUGCUAUGGCUCUAGUAUCCAGGGGCAUAUCAAGCAAUAUUGCUCUCCAUGAUAUUAAUCAAGAGUUAUGCGAAGCAGAACGUUUGGACCUCUUGCAUGGCGCCAUGUUCACCAGUACUUCAAAAAUUAAUAAGUGUACUACGGUGGAGUCUACAAAGAACUCAAGAGUGAUCAUAAUUUCAGCUGGAGCUCGUACAACAGGCAAACAGUCGCGCCUAGACGUCGCACAUGAAUCGGCAGAUAUAAUCAAACAAGUUGUACCUGAGGCUCUAAAGUACAGUCCAAAGGCGGUGUUUAUCAUAGCAUCAAAUCCGGUGGACGUCAUGACCUGGUAUACACGCGAGUUGACUAAUCUGCCCAUUGAACGUUGCUUUAGCAGCGGUUGUCAUUUGGACACUGCGCGCUUUCGUAUGUACAUUGCUAAGCAAUUGAAAUUAUCCGCGCAUUCCGUGGAUGGUUAUGUCUUGGGUGAGCAUGGGGAUAGCUCCGUGCCAAUAUGGUCAUCAGUUACAGUAGGUGGUGUGCCGCUAAUAGACAUAAAAGCGAACAUUGGCAGCGACGAAGAUUCUAUGCGUUGGUCAGACGUGCAUCAGAAUGUAGUGACUGCGGCUAAACAAGUGAUAUCCGGAAAGGGUUAUACAAACUGGGCCUUAGGUUUCACCAUUGCCGACAUUGUGUCUGCAAUUUUUGAAGACUCCAAACGCAUCUUACCGCUGUCAACAAAUGCGCGCGGCAUUUGUGGCAUACAAGAUGAUGUUUUUCUCUCACUGCCUUGCAUUGUCAACAAGUGCGGUAUCUGCGGCAUUGUGUAUCCAAAUUUAACUGAAUGGGAGAGUGACAAAUUAAGAAAUUCAGCUGCAACAUUGUUAAAAGUUCAACAAAGCAUAAAGUAAUACUGUUCGUUUUAUAAUUUCAUUGACUGGAGAUUAAAAUCUUUACGUAACAAAACAGCUCUGACUUUACAGUUAAGUAAAGCUGUCCAGUUGACUUUCACAAAUCAGCUAUUCCAUCAAAAAUUCUCCGUUAUAAAACAAAAUCUCUACAUAUAAUUUUGGUCUUUUAUUUUGAUCUGGAAAAAUUAGCAGUCAAUUCAGGUGUUACCAUAUCACCGCAAUAUAAUGCUCAAAGCAUGUGGCGCAUAUGUCAAAACGCUCAUCUACAGACAGUCUUGGCCAAAAGCAGGCAUCGCCAGUUCGCCGCCGAGCUAAAUCGCCUUCAGAAGACCAAGGUGACAUGGCCUCCCGCAGCUCCACCCUGUGCACAUCAGCAUAUUAAGCGGAAGUCGCUUUCCGAGCGACUUUCCGAACGAAGGUUAAGGACUCCUGCACUGUAUAAAUUAUUACACAGCGAGCUGGAUACUUCUGGCCACCAUCAGACGUCAGAAAAUUUUACAUCUUGCGUAAGUGCCACGUCAGUCAAUGAUCCUGAAUUAAGACAAUCUUGUGAUCAAAAUUGCAAUGAAGAAGAAUUGGCUUCCAUGUGCUUGCAACCAGGAGUUCUGAAACGAAGGGAUUUCAACUCGCCACUAAUCCUGGACACAAGCACAUAUGCUGGGAGUGUUAGAGAUGCCUUAAUGCCUAGCAUAAAUAGGGACUCAAAUUCAUCGUAUCGCAGUUGUGUCGGUGAAUCACGCCAACAAACCGCUAACCAAUCACGAUCUGCGUGCUCAUGCGAAGAUCUCAAAUAUAUUAGUCGAAAUACACGAAAAUUAACAUCAGCUGGACCACCAAGAUCAAUUGUUAGUCGCUUAAGAGAUUUGUUAAUGGACAGGCCCACAGAUAAUGACUCCUCAAAUGGAAAUAGAAACCCAAAAAAGCAACGUGAUGGUAAAACUACUCAUAGAAAUCCGCUGAUGCAGCAUAAGGAAGUGCAAUGCAAGCCCCAGAGUGAUGUAUUCUACGACUGUGAAGAGCCACCGGCCUCUGUUAGAGACAGCUGUUUCACAUUUGCAGAAAGUAUCAGAAACAAACUAAUGAGUUCAAAUCAGCAGUCUAUAGAAUCUGCCCCUUCAGCUGCCAUGAAAAAUCAACGCGUUAGAUUUGGACUAGACCAUACAACCUCAGCUUUCAAUAGAAAUGAACCCAACAUAUGCCUAUUUAGUGAACACGAUUUUAGACCAACUCAGCUACCACCAAAAGCUGCUUGCAACUACAUGGACUACAAAACUAAAAAAGGAAUACCGCAUAUAAACCCCUUCUCAUUUAACCAACCGUUGAUGUCAAUUCCUGCUGUUCAGAAUACUUUUGAUAAUUCUGGUGCCGAUUGCUUGACAAAGCGCAGACCGCAAAAAGUUCUGUCUGAGACAAGUCUCUGUCAUUCAACAGAACUUUUUGAUGCUGUUAGGAAAAACUCUCAAGAGCAAUGGCGCCAACAUUAUCAGACACCCACUGAGAAAAUGCAAGCAGCCUACAGACAACUCCAAGGCUGGCAGAAGUAUCAAGGUUUCGCAACAUCUCCUUCCAUUUCUAGCCAAUUCUCCCCAAGUAAGGAGCGAAAGUUAGAUCGUAUAAUUCAGUAUGCCACGCAGAUGCAAGAGAAAAAUAAUUUAAGAAAUCAAAAAAGAUAUCUUGCUAUGAACUUUGACCGAAAGGACCCGCAAUGCCAAGACUCGCAAAAGCAUCGACCAAACGGUGAGCCAGUUGAAAGUGAACCCUCUCUCUGUACAAAAUCUGUACUCACAGAGCAGAGAGCCUCAACUUUGCAGAAGACAAAGCGGCUUAUUAGUAAAAAGCUAGGCUGGGAGCAACCAAAGCCAAAAGCUAAAGUAAAGAAGGAAAAAUUCGAUAAGCGUACGAAAAAGCAGCUAGAUGAA